AUGGCAAACGACUCCCACUCCCACAACGAGGGACAUUCCUCGGCUUCUGCGUCCCCGAGCACCUUCAAGUUCCCAGCUUUUCAGCCCGACGUCCUACCCCCAUACCAAGAGACCACUCUCGAUAUUGGCAUUCCCGUGCGCUCGCCGAGCCCGCUAAAAAAUGGCGAAAACGGCUUCCCGCCGGGCGACCGCUGGUAUCCGCGAAAGGACAAGGGAUCUCGCUGGGGCAAUGGAAAUGCCGGCACAGGCACAAGACACGGGCGCCAGAAGAGUUUGAGCGAGGCUAUUAGAACCAUCAAGGGCCGUCGAGGAAGCAUCAGCGCCAACGCGCAUGAAAUCGCCGACGCGCUGAGGGCUCCUGUGUCGGCCAAGCUCAUAGUUCUCUGCGGCAUCUGGUACUCAACAUCCAUCAUGUCCAACACGUCGUCGAAAGCUAUCCUUACGGCUUUCCCCAAACCGGUCACCCUAACGCUCAUACAAUUCGCUUUCGUAUCCUCCUGGUGCAUUGUUCUGGCUUGGCUAGCCACGGUAUUCCCACGUUUGAAGGUCAUGAUCCCGGCAUUGAAAUAUGGCAUUCGGCCUCCAAGUAGGGAUCUCAUCAUGACAACGCUUCCCUUGACCUUGUUCCAAAUUGGUGGACACAUCCUAAGUUCCGAUGCGAUGUCUCGAAUUCCAGUCUCGCUGGUCCACACCAUCAAGGGUCUUUCGCCUCUGUUCACCGUCUUGGCCUACCGCUUCUACUUCAAUAUCCGCUACGCGCCUACUACCUACUUGUCGUUGAUUCCGUUGACCUUUGGCGUCAUCAUGGCCUGCUCCGCGAACUUCUCCGGAAAUUUCAUCGGAUUGAUCAGCGCUUUCGGGAGUGCCCUGCUCUUUGUUACCCAGAACAUUGUGUCGAAGAAGCUAUUCAACGAAGCCGAGCAAGCUGAGCAGGACAACCAACCAAUGAAACGGAGAAAGCCCGAUAAGCUGAAUCUGCUUUGUUACUCCGCUGGCUUGGCUUUUAUCUUCACAGCGCCGAUUUGGUUUUUCGCGGAAGGCAUCGAUAUCUUGGGAGAUUUCUUGUAUGAUGCCUCAAUCGAUCUCAACGUCAGGCCAGGCUCUCUGGACCACGGCCCCCUGGUCCUGGAGUACAUUUUCAACGGAACUUUCCAUUUUGGCCAAAACCUGGUUGCAUUCGUCCUCCUUUCCAUGGUGUCGCCCGUUACCUAUUCGGUCGCCAGCUUGAUCAAACGCGUUUUCGUCAUUGUCUUCGCCAUCAUCUGGUUCGGCAAGCCCGUCACACAUAUCCAGGCACUGGGCUUUGCCCUGACUUUUCUGGGCCUGUACCUAUACGAUCGAACACGCGACAACAAGGCCGACCAAAAGGCCAAGAUGCUGCACUCUGCCAAGCAAGAGUCGCUACUUCCGGUUUCCCUCGAAAAGAUGAAUGACAGGAGCUCCAGCGGCACCCCUGUGGCGCAACACUCGUACACUAAUGGUUUCGCGAAUGGAUUCAAGAAGGAUGAUAAGAAGAAUGAUGACAUAGGACCGGGUAGACCCAGAAGGGAGAGUGGCGUGGGGUGGCUGGCGCCAGGCACCAGGCAAGAGGAUACUUGGCGGCCGGGAGAUGCUUCGCAUGUGCGGGGAGUGCGUGUUUCCUAG